CGCUACAGACGCGUGAGCGCGAGUGUGAUAAAGACGUGCUGGCCGUGGCCCUCCCCCCGAGCAGACGGUGCUGCCGCGCCCGAGUUGUCCUGUUCGGCGACGCUGGGCCGCGCUGUGUGGUUCCAGGGCGCCACGCCUCGGCAGGCAUUCGGCGGGAAGGAGCUGAGCACCACCCUCAACGCAGACGAGGCGCCUCCCCGCCGCCGUGGCUGGGCCGCCAUGCUGUCUCCGCUGAUCAGGCUCAACCAAAUCCCCGUCCAGGAGUGCGGGCACUUGGGCCUGGCGUUCGAGUGGCCGGACGCGGCCAAGGUGGAGGCGGCGGACGCGGAGCUGGUCGAAGGCAUCCUGGCUCAAACAGACUCGGUGCAGCUUCCAUUUUGUCCGUCACCAAAUCACACACACGCGAACACACUUGGCUUGCGGGUCCUUUCUUUUCUGUUCAGUGGGAUGGCGGUCCAGAAGGCACCUUGGACCGUGUGGUCCGUGGUUGCAGUCGUCCUCAGCAUCAGCGUACCCACUGUGACCUCGAUCGGUGUGAAUUCCAAGCAAAAGUGUGCAGAUGACGACGCCCAAAUUAUUGCGCUGGCAAGCGGCAUCGGCGUCACUAUCAGUGGUUGUGCUGCGGUGCAGCCUUAUUGCGAAGAUGCGAAGUACGGCAGCACCGUGAAAGCGACCUGCCCUGCAACGUGUGGCCUCUGCAGGGUGGCCAGUCCCAGCAGCUCCCAGGCGGCUGAGGUGCUGAUGGACAGGAGCUCCAGGGGCUCCCAGGACGCGGAUGAUCAACGGUCCCUGGACAGGGCUCUGGCAGCGAAAGGGCCCGACCCGACGCCGAGGCCGACGCCGUGGCCGACGCCGUGGCCGACGCGGUACCCGACGCCGAGGCCGACGCCGUGGCCGACGCCGUGGCCGACGCGGUACCCGACGCCGAGGCCGACGCCGUGGCCGACGCCGAGGCCGACGCCGUAUCCGACGCCGAAGCCGACGCCGAACCCGACGCCGAACCCGACGCCGUACCCGACGCCGAAGCCGACGCCGAACCCGACGCCGAACCCCACGCCGUACCCGACGCCGAACCCGACGCCGAACCCGACGCCGAACCCGACGCCGUACCCGACGCCGAAGCCCACGCCGAACCCGACGCCGAACCCGACGCCGUACCCGACGCCGAGCCCGACGCCGAAUCCGACGCCGUACCCGACGCCGUACCCGACGGCCUUUCCGACGCCGUACCCCACGGCUUUCCCGACGCCGUACCCGACGGCCUUCCCGACGCCGUACCCGACGGCCUUCCCGACGCCCUACCCAACAGCUUUCCCGACGCCCUACCCGACGGCCUUCCCGACGCCGUUCCCGACCCCUAGCCCGACGCCCAGCCCGACAUAUCCUCUGGGUUGGCCGACGCCACAACCAACGUUUCUUCCCGCAGCUCCUAUGGCGGGUGGAGCUGCUGGAGGCGUGGCUGCCACCGGCGAUCCCCACCUUCAGAAUGUUCACGGCGAGCGGUUCGAUUUAAUGCAGGCGGGCAAACAUGUUCUAAUAAGCAUCCCUCGCGGAGUGAGCGCUGAAGACGCAUUGCUUCGUGUGCAGGCCGAUGCGCGCCGCUUGGGUGGAAGUUGUUCGGAUAUGUAUUUCCAAGAACUGAACAUUACAGGCUCUUGGGCAGAGGCUAAGCAAGUUGGAGGGUACCACUACGGCGUACGGCAAAGCGUUAGGACGAGUCCGCAAUGGGUUGCUAUUGGCCGGGUAGAGCUGAAAGUCGUCCAUGGACGCACAGAGAGUGGCAUCCUGUAUUUGAAUGUGUUUGUGAAGCAUUUGGGGCGAUCAGGGUUUGCCGUCGGAGGUUUGCUGGGGGAAGACGACCACAAGGACGCGAUGACUCCCCCGGCGUCUUGUACCAAACACAUGCCUCUGCUAGAAGCAGUGGCGAGUGGCCAGGUUCCUUCCUCCGAGUCGUCGGUUGCAGCGGCAACCUUCGCGUGACCAUGCUGGAUACUUUGACACGUGGGUAUAUGACAAGUACGCCCCGUCGGGUGACGCGUGCGGUAGUGUUUUCCUGCUCCAUAGAAAAAGAAAAGAACCCCUAAGUGCAAGCACUGCUUGGGGAAGAGGCCUCUAAGACAGUUCGCGGAUGCAGGACAUGACCCCUGGUGCCAUCUAGGAGCGUGAUGGAAGUGUGGCUUCAGACCGACGCCCCCGAGGCCUUCGGAAAAGUCACGUGGCAUCCUACUUCCCCAAGCUUCAGUUCUCUCUGCCUUUCCUUCGCCCCCCCUCCCUCCUUUCAGGAGGGACGUACGGCCGAUUGCCCAGAGAGGGUCCGCAUGCGUCCGCACUUGCGCAC